AUGGGACAAGGGACUCAUGUCAGAGACAGGGCAUCCAGUGCCAAAAUGCCCUAUCGCAGCUGUGAUGACACUGAGUCUACUUGCACAGUUCCUAUUUCUUGGAAGCGCAAGCAGCGAGUUUUGGUCAAUUCCGGCCUCCGCGCUCUGAAAGCUCCAAUGGUUGUGUUGGCAUUGUGCAACAUGGUCUUCAGCUGUUCCAACUUGAACUGGAACGACCCACAAGACCACUUGGAACUCUUCGCUGGAGUUUGCUCCAUCACUCGCGGCGAAUGGAAGGAGUCUCGCUCUGGGGUACCUAUGGACCUGGACUUUGGUAAGGAUCAUGACAUCCUCUCGGAUGCAGGCUUCUCCAACAUGGUGUUUCAAGUGCUUAACUUACGACCUGGUGGAUCCAUGUGGGCUGCGCCGGUAUGCAGCACGUCGAGAGGGAGUACAGGCCGAAGUUCAAGUAACCCGAUGGGGCAUGGUAAGGGCACCACCUACUUGCACAACUUGAUGGUGGGACGAGUCGCCGUGUUGUUGCUCAUAGCAGCAGCAAAGGCCAUAUGGUGGAAACUUGAGCAGCCUAAGGGCAGCCUGCUGGAGGGGCAUUUGCUUUUCCAAGCCCUUCUUCGACUGCUGCAGAAGUUAAAAGUGAAAAUCACCAGGGUGAGCACAUCCCUUUGCUGGUUUGGUGCAGACACUGUGAAGCCAUUAUGGGUGUACUCCAGCAAACCUGAAGCAGUUGAAGUGAACGACUUUGCCAACAAGACCCUCGUGCCGCCCAAGAAGACCAAGCUUGUGAUCCACUACAAGGACAGCAAAGGACAGCCCCGGAUCAAAGGUGGGCCAGGACUCAAACUAUCCCAGUCCUAUCCGUUGCGGUUCGGCGUUGCAUUUGCAAAGGUUAGAUCCCGGCACCAGAAAAAGCAUCGAUCGGAAGCGCACCGCUUCCUGCGAACUGUGGUGCGGGAUGGUACCAGUGCGGUGGACCCCAGCCCAAAAAUGAACAAGUUCUGGGUUGACCAUGCCAACCUCAACCCUAUUUUCUCUUAUUUGUCCAAGCAACAAUAGGCGUGGACAUUGCAUGGAUGAUUUGUCCAAAUUUGCUCCAACCAUGUGGAAUAACCACAUGAGUUUCAUGCAGCUAGGUGCCGUGGGAUUAAUGGCUUGAGAAUUCCC